UUCAUCAUUAUAAAUAAUUUCUAAUUAUAUAUUUAUAUUGCACAAAACAUUUAGUUGUACCAAGAUGAAAAUAAAGCCUUUUAAAUGCAUGUGCUUCUGUGCACUGCUAAUUCUUAUCUCUAUUGUGGCAAUUGAGCCUUCUGAAUACAAAAAACAAUUUGAUGAAACAAAAGAAUCAGAGACGAGCAUUGGUGUAGAUUGCUAUUCGUACUGGCCAGACAAAGGUGCAAUGUGGAAAUGUGGCAUUCAAACCAAAAACAAAGUUGAAUCCGAUGGUGGAAACAUCAUACCUUUUCCCGGAAAUGGAAAAGGAAGAGGCCGUAGUAAUGUCAUACCAUUUCCCAAAGGCGGGAGAGGGGGUGAACAUAGUAAUUCCAUAUCAUUUCCUGUUGGUGGAAGAGCAGGUGUCGGUAAAAAUGUCGUACCAUUUCCUGGCCACAAUAGAAAGAUGGAUGUAGUGGUGAAAAUGGCACAUCCUUUACCGGAGAGGGAGAGGACAAUAGAAAUAAGGGCGUCAAAUGAAAGAGAAUUAGGGACGCAAUUCUAGUAUGAGAAAAGUCUCUAUGAAAAACUAGACACACAAUAUCUAAUGUUGAAAGCAAUGUAAAAUACUCCCUAUGUUUUAUAUUAUAAAAAAAAAAAAAUUUAGAUUUAUUGAUAAUUAAUGUAUAUAGACUAGAUACAUUAAUUAUUCAAUAAAUCUAAAAAAUAAAUUUAUCUUAUAGUAUAGAACAGAGAGAGUAAGUAUGCAUUUUUAAUUCUAGCAUGAAUAAUUAGUAGUAAUAAUAAUAAUGAUGAUGAUGAAAAUGAUAUGAUUGAUGAUAUAUAUACAACAUAUAUGAUGAAUGUAAAUAUUUUUAAGAUAAAUUAAUCAUCAUUCUAGAACCUAAUAUUUGUCCAUCAUUGUCUUAUUCAAUUUAUAUCAAUGCAUUGGAAUUUUCUA